AUGGAGGUGUACGAACCUGGUACCGCACACUACUUCGACAUUUGGCACAUCUCCAAAAGUGUGAAGAAAAAGCUGAACGCAGCACGAAAACGAGCUGGAUGUCAACCCCUAGAAGAGUGGACGCAGGCGACCACCAACCACAUGUACUGGUCUGCCAUGGCUGCGGGAGGCAACAGGGAGCUGCUCGUCGAGAUCUGGCUGAGCAUGCAGAACCACGUCAUCGACAAGCACACUGGUCACGGGGGCAGCUACACGCGGUGUGUGCACAACGAAAUUCUCGAAGCCACAAAAAUGUGGAUGGAUCCCAACUCCCCGGCCUACAGUCACUACAAGCAGAUCACUGGGAACAAGCGCCUCCUGAAGGACCUGGCCCAGAUGUCCCCCCACGGAAAGACAUUCGCCCUGGAAUCCUUCCACAGCGUCCUCAUUGACUUCGCUCCCAAGUCCCGGGCAUUCACUCCAGAAGGCAUGCGUGCAAGGACUCGAGUGGCAAUCUUGCAUUUCAAUGAGAACGCUGAUCGCUGCCAAGCUGAGACGCAAGUGGGCAAGCCACGCUGGGCGGUGAAAACAUCCAAAGCACGCAAGGGCCACCACACAGCUUGUCCCGUCAAGACAGCACCCACCUACAGCUACGUUCACAAGCUCGUAGAGGAGGUGAUCGCAAUCAAUAGUCGAUGGCGGUGUCUUGCUACUGCGGCGAAGGCCAGCACAAACAUCUUUCCGGCGCCCAUGACUGCGGCCUUUGCCAGGCCUUCAAAGGAGGAGUUAGUGGAAGCACGGAGGUCCCGCUUCGGCCGUACUCUGCAGUAA